AGCCUAGCACAAAUUGCAGUUGCAGUUGUGACUAAGUAAAGCAGACAUCGCCAUGAAGGUCCUCAUAGUUCUCCUGCUGGGUCUGACUUUUGUCCUGGCUGAUCACGAUCACAGUGGCCACCACCACGAGAACUAUGUGGUGAAGACGCACGACGACCUGGUGACCUAUCGUGCCUUCUGCGCCGACAAGGUUCACGCCGGCGAGGAGCUAGUGGAGAAGUACAAGAGGUGGCAGUUCCCCGACGACGCGGUGACCCACUGCUACCUGGAGUGCGUCUUCCAGAAGUUCGGAUUCUACGACACGGAGCACGGCUUCGAUGUCCACAAGAUCCACGUCCAGCUGGCUGGAGCCGGUGCCGAGGUGAACCACUCGGACGAGACGCACCAGAAGAUCGCCCACUGUGCCGAGUCCCACUCCAAGGACGCCGACUCCUGCUCGAAGGCCUACCACGCCGGCAUGUGCUUCCUGAACUCCAAUCUGCAGCUGGUCCAGCACAGUGUCAAGGUCUAGGAGGACGACGGAUCCCGCCAUCCAGACCCAUCUGAUCCCUCUUUGGCAGUUCAAGUCUUAAAUAAAGAAUGCACUUCUGACACAGA